AUGGCGAAAGGUUACUAUCAUGUUCUCGAUCUCGAAACACGUGUUAUGAAACACAUACCUGUUCAUCAUUCAGACACGACUAUCGGUCAGUUCAUGGAAGAAGUCGCGAAUCGUUUUAAGAUUCGCGAAAACUUUGAAUUAUACCAUAAGAACGAAUUGCUAAGAUCGACAGCGAUAAUAAAAGCCUUGGAAGUUGAUACACUAUCCGAUCCAAUUACCAUAGACCGCUGCACUUCUACUUUAUACUCCUUCGCUCAACAUGCUGACACUUCCACAGUACAGUCAAAUAGAAAAGGAGACAGUGCAUUUUUGCCACCGAUUAUCACUCCAAGAAUAUCGGAUAUCGUUACGCCCACGUCACCCGUUAGCGAUGUGAGCUCCUACAAAAUGCCUUCUAAGUACACCAAACUCGAUAAGAUAAAUCAGCAACCGCCAUCUUCAUCUUAUACAGUUCCUUCGUCAAUCAACAGAUCAGAAUCUAACAAAUUUAUUGUCACACAGGAGAUGCAACGAAACGUUCAAAAUUCUUUUGAACAGAAUACUAUUUCGGAGAUCGAUGGAAUACUAGACUCUGACGACAUUCAAGCAGAAGUGCACGAAUCUUAUUCAGAAUCAGAUUUCGAAAGUGACGACGACAAUAAUCACGAAAAGCUGGAAGAAUCAAGCAAAUUUUUUCAAAAAAGUCGGCGCUUGUCAAAGUCAGAGCCUAUGCUAUUUCAAGCAAAUGAAAACAACGGUGAAAACUAUAGAAAUGACUUUGAAGAAGAUUCACCACAAUUUUGUUACGUACCAGAAUCGAGUAAAUCAGAAUUUCCUGUUCCUAAGAUAACUGAUUCUGGUUUAUCCUACUGUGAGAAGAUCAAUUCUACAGCGAGUAUGGAAUAUUCAAGACUACUAAUUGUUAGAAUUCGAAGUCUAUGCAAAAUUUAUUGUCUCAACAUAGCUCAUAAUAGUACAAUAAAGGAUUUAGUUAAUGUCAUUUGGGAUGAAAUACCAUUUGAGGAGGAACGCUACACAAUGGACUCUCAUGUACUUCUUCUUUUCAAUCAUCGACUUCACAUAUUUAUUGAAAGUAAUCCAAGCGAGUUGGUAAAAGAUUUUCUUCAGCUUUCACCGGACGAUUCUGUAACAGACUUUUAUGCUUAUGGGCUACCUAUAGAACAUCGUGAUUUUAUGUACAAUUUUGACACAGGCCACAAUUCUCUUUUCAAAGUUUCGGACUCAUGGGAUCCAGUAUAUUUCACCGAUUACAAACAACUGGAGCGAUCUCAGAGUACUCUUUUGAGUAGUCUUUACGCAUUGACAUUGUAUUUCAGAUGCAAUAAUCGAGAAUCAGCCGGCUAUCGACGUGCUAUGGAGGCUCAGUUUUUUCUUCAAUUGAGAAAAUAUCUCUAUCCACCAGCGGUUCUUGCAUUCAAACAUACAAUUGAAGGCUCCAUGUUUUGGUUUGAAAAGACUUUAUUAAUGGAUGCACUAAUACAAUUACUGAUUCGUCUAUGCCCCAAAAUAGUGUGCGAAAUCCCAAUUGAUUCGACUGAAUACUUUGAUUUCAUUCCUUUACUGUUCUGUUGGCUUCUUGAAAAGUGUGAUCCAAACGAGGUAGAAGAAGACUUUUUUGCAGUGGUAAAAUUAACUGACAUUCGCCGAGAUGAACAUUUCUAUUUUCAAGAUCCGGUCACUACAUCCGAUAUUAAUUGUCAGAAACUCAUUUUAGAAGAGUUUUCUGAGACACAAAGUCACGAUAAACUGACACGCCAUGUUGAUCUCCGAUCGUUUAAUCGAUACUUGGCAAGCCCUGCUAAUCAUUCACCUAAUCUCGUCUUCACGCACAAGGAGUACGAGAUUUAUCAUCCUAGUACCGAUAUCUCAUCUGAGUUUAAUGAACUUCCUUGUUGGACCGAAAAUGAAAUAUAUAGAUACAACAAGAUUAUGAGUCGAAAAUACCCUUCUCUUACCAUAAUAACACGUGGUGCAUUGACCGCUCGUAUUAGCAAUCAACUUGUUCUUCUAAAUAAAGAACGCACAGUUUCGCUACUGUUUUCGAGACAGAAUAAAACUACCGAGAAUAAAGGCCAGCAGCACAAUAUCAACCAUUUCUUUCAAAUAUUUGAUCCACUCGAUGCGUCAAACGAGUCUUCGCUAGUUACUGUUGAGUCUUUUUUAGACGAACAACAGAACUGGCCAGACCCUCGACUACCCAUAUAUUUUUCAAAUAAUGUGAUCACACAACCCAAUAACGUACCAUUUUUCGAGACCAAUACAAUUAAACCAGCUGAACAAGUUACUGUGGUUCUACUCGACCUCAGCCGAUCAAUGUUCGACCAUAAUGUUGGCGAUGAUGAUAGAACAGGAAAAUGCACACAUAUCAAUAUGUGCAAAAUGAUGUUGGGUACGUUGAGUGAUAACAUGUUGCCGAAGGACGAAGUUCAUGCAUUUGGUCUCAUUGAAUUUGGUGAACGUGUCAAAGUAACUUGCCCAAUUACCCGAGAUCGAAAUAAAUUUGAAAAAGCGCUCCAAUCUCAUAUGCUUUUGGGUGAAUGGACCCACAUGUAUGAUGCUGUCAAUGAAGCAGUACGCAAGAUUAAUGUAUACAUUAAUAGUCCACUGAGAGCAGGGAAAAAUUGCAGAAAACUAAUCAUUUGUUUAUCUGACGGUGUCAAUAAUGCCGGUCCGACCACAAUCGAAAGUCUAUACAAACAAAUCGAAGAACAUAAUAUUGUAAUUGAUUUUGUUUCAUUUCUUCGUGAUGACCAACUCAACGACGAAAAGAAAAAUAAUUCAAUUAGGAAUUUUCGUCAACUAUGCAUAAAAUCGGGCGGCUAUGUCUAUUCGAAGCUUCAUUAUCGAUCAAAAAUUGAAGUUGCAGGAAUGUUCGAACAAGAAGCUGCCGUGUGGCUUUCAAAAAGAGCCAGAGAAUCUCGUGGGGUCGUUGAAAAACCAGAACGCCAUGUUAACCCGAUAUUUCAGCGCUUAGCAGUUCGUCAAGUGUCUAACAAUACAAACACCCAAAAUUCAUCUCGUUUAGUUCGUGUUUUCAAAGAGCUUACUGUAACACAAAGUCAUUCAUCGAAUGAAUUUUUUGUUUUCUCCAUCCUUGACAAUAUUUCAUUUUGGAAAGUCAUUUUGAAAGGACCUCAACAGACUCCUUAUGAAAAUAAGUACUGGAUGAUCUACGUGAGUUUCGAUUCAGGCUAUCCGAGCUAUCCACCAAAUGUCCGGUUUAUGACUCCAAUUUAUCAUGUGAAUAUCAGCGGUGAUGGAAAGAUUUGCCAUCAGAUUUUUAAUGAAAGUUGGGCUGAACCGACCAAAAUGACGACGGUAUUCAAUAGUAUUAUCGAUCUUCUCAAAAAGCCUAAUUUUAGCGAAGCAGUUUCAAUUGAAAAGGCACAUUUAUAUAGAGAUGAUCCAAAUGAAUACGAAGAGCAGGCGAAAGGGCAUGCAAUUAGGUUUGCAAAGAGCGACAUUGAAAGCCUGAAAAGUGAAUAUCAAAUUAACGAUGAUGAAGAACUUAUUGAAGAAGUGCAUCAACAAUCAUAA